GCCCCUAGCCCCGCCCAACCGAAAGUGGGUGAAAGGUGCGCGGUGCGGCGCUGAGGCUGGGGCGGUGGAGCGGGACCGGCUGGGAACAGACAGACACCCUGAAGGACAGACCAUGGCAGACCAGGCGAAGCCCAUCAGUCCUCUUAAGAACCUGCUGGCCGGAGGCUUUGGCGGCAUGUGCCUGGUGUUCGUGGGGCACCCGCUGGAUACGGUCAAGGUCCGACUGCAGACACAGCCCCCGAGUUCACCUGGACAGCCUCCCAUGUAUUCUGGGACCCUUGACUGUUUCCGGAAGACUCUUAUUAGGGAGGGUAUCACAGGACUAUACCGGGGCAUGGCUGCUCCCAUCAUCGGGGUCACCCCCAUGUUUGCUGUGUGCUUCUUUGGGUUUGGUUUGGGGAAGAAACUGCAACAGAAAUCCCCAGAGGAUGUGCUCAGCUACCCCCAACUGUUCGCAGCUGGGAUGCUAUCUGGAGUUUUCACCACAGGAAUCAUGACCCCUGGAGAACGGAUUAAGUGCUUGUUACAGAUUCAGGCUUCUUCAGGGGAAACUAAGUACACUGGUGCCAUGGAUUGUGCAAAGAAGCUAUAUCAGGAGUCUGGAAUCCGAGGCAUCUACAAAGGAACUGUACUCACUCUUAUGCGAGAUGUUCCAGCAAGUGGGAUGUAUUUCAUGACAUAUGAGUGGUUGAAAAAUAUCUUCACUCCAGAGGGAAAGAGUGUCAAUGAGCUCAGCGUGCCUCGAAUCCUCACAGCUGGGGGCAUUGCAGGAAUCUUCAACUGGGCUGUGGCUAUCCCUCCAGAUGUGCUCAAGUCCCGCUUCCAGACUGCACCUCCUGGGAAAUAUCCUAAUGGUUUCCAAGAUGUGCUGAGGGAGCUGAUCCGGAAUGAAGGAGUCACGUCCUUGUACAAGGGCUUCAAUGCUGUGAUGAUCCGAGCCUUCCCAGCCAAUGCGGCCUGCUUCCUUGGCUUUGAAGUUGCCAUGAAGUUUCUUAAUUGGGCCGCCCCCAACUUAUGAGGCUGAAGGCGGUGCGAAGCUUUUGGAUGCUUGAAGCUGUAACCAAGGAGGAGCAGUGGGCAGGACUAAACCGUCCUGAAGGGUGAGGGGUGGGGGAUGGUGGGAUCUCAGCUCUGUGGACUUGAAGAGAACAUUGCCUUAAUGACAUCCUUGUAUAACUUGGCGUACCAUUUUGAAACUUGAAUUCACUCUAGUCAAUUUAAGGGAUCUCAGGAGAAUUUGGAUAUGGAGUAAGUAGCUUCUAAACCAAAUUCCACCUGUGGCCAGAGUGCUACUAGUGAUCGCUAGCCCUACUACACCCAAAAUACUCCUCAGUCUCUCACUGAAAACACUAUGCAUGUUUUCAGCCAGCUGACCAAGAACUAGAUCUCUACCCAGGAACAUCCACCAGUUUCCAGGGUGCCACCUAGUCCUGAUCUGCUCAUGGGGCUGUAGACUUCAUACUCGAAUCUGUCUUUCCAGCUCGACUGAGCAUAUGUGCCUAGGUGCAGAUAGCCUGUUAACAAUCAGGCUGGGUCUUUUUUAAUGCAUGCAGGCAAUCAAAAUUAAAACUAGUGUAGCGCAAUUUCCCAGGAGUACCUGGAGAGUUUUCCCUCCUACUCUGAGAACAGAGUUGAAUCAACAGUCCCAGUCUACUGAAAUAAGUAAGAAAGCCCAGGGUGUAGGAAGGCUCUUUUUUUUGCACAUUCUUUUCUCAUGAGAGCACCUUAUUUUAACAGGAAACAAUAAACAUUAUUUCUAAUUUUUGCAUUGUGUG